AUGUAUUUCGAUGGAUCUGCUCACCGUGAUGGAGCUGGUGCGGGAGUUGUCUUUUAUACUCCUGAAGCAGAUAUAUUGCUGUUCUCUUUUACUUUAACACGCCGGUGCUCAAACAGUGUGGUCGAAUAUCAUGUGUUAAUUCUUGGUCUUGAAACGGCUGUAGACAUGAAGCAGUUGCAUCUUAGAGUCUAUGGUGAUUCAAAAUUGGUGGUAAAUCAACUUCUUGGUAUUUAUGAUGUCAAGAAACCUGAAUUGAUCCCAUAUUAUAAGUAUGCAAGACAACUCAUGGGAUAUUUAGAUAGUGUCACUAUAGAACAUAUCUCUAAAAAUUUCAACCAACAAGCUGACUCUUUGGAGGAUUGGCGUCACCUCAUCAUUGAUUAUCUUAAUCAUGGGAAGUUACCAGAAGAUCCUAAGAAAAGGGUUGAUAUACGUCGUCGAGCGCCACGUUUCAUUUACUACAAAGGGACGCUUUACCGAAAAUUAUUCGAUGGGGUGUUUCUACGGUGUUUUGGAGAAGAUGAGUCCAUGCAAGCAAUGGAGGAAGCUCACUCUGGGAUAUGUGGGGCUCACCAGUCUGGCCCGAAAUUGCACUUUCGCAUUAAAAGAAUGGGAUACUAUUGGCCAACAACGGUGAAGGACUGCAUUGACUUUGCUAGGAGAUAUCAAGCAUGUCAAUUCCAUGAAAAUUUCAUCCAUCAACCUCCUAAGCCAUUGCACCCAACUGUGGCUUCUUGGCCGUUCGAUGCUUGGGGUUUGGAUAUAGUUGGAUCACUUCCAAAGUCUUUUGGCGGUCACAUUUUCAUUUUGGCGGCGACAAAUUACUUUUCAAAGUGGGCUGAAGCGGUCUUUUUAAGAGAGGUCAAAAAGGAGAAUGUAGUAGAUUUCAUUCGCUUGCACAUCAUUUAUCGAUAUGGAGUUCCGCGUUAUAUUAUCACCGAUAAUGGUAAGCCUUUUUGCAAUGUAGCAAUGAACAAACUUUGCGAAAAGUUUCAUUUCAAACAAUACAAUUCGUCCAUGUACUACGCUGCUACAAAUGGACUCGCUGAAGCAUUCAACAAGACAUUAUCGACCCCAUACGCGCUUGUUUAUGGCGUUGAAGCUGUUCUUCCACUUGAAUGUCAAAUACCAUCGCUAAGAAUUGCGAUUCAAGAAGGGUUCAGUGAAGAAAAUAAUGUCCGUCUUCGUCUUGAAGAGUUAGAAGCACUCGACGAGAAGAGAUUGGAAACCCAACAACGGAUUGAGUGCUAUCAAGCCCGCCUUUCAAAAGCAUUCAAUAAGCAUGUCCGGCCACGCUCCUUCCAAAUUGGGGAGUUAGUACUCGCUGUUCGGAGACCAAUCAUUCUCACUCAUGGAGGACAAAGAAAGUUUACUCCUAAGUGGGAUGGUCCAUAUGUCGUUCGAGAAGUAUAUACGAAUGGCUCAUACAAGUUGGUUGCUGAAGAUGGAUUAAGGGUUGGCCCCAUCAAUGGCAAGUACCUAAAAAGGUACUAUGCGUAA